GGUCUGAGACUUCAAAUGCUUGGUGUCACCAAAGCCAAACUGUUUCCUCUCGUAAAAGCUCACUUACUGAAUUUGAAACCUUGCAUUGUACCCUUGCUUCUCUCGUCUAUUGAAUCUGUGGAAUUGUUGAAUGCAGACCACCUCAGGGAACAAAUCGUGGAUUUGAUUUUAACAAGGACACAUGAACUGUCUGCUCAAGAAGUCAAGCUCCUUGUCAAGGACGUGAUCUACCUUCAUCUCAGCUGGAUAAUUUUCUGGGGGAGUGUGUUGGGAGCAAUUGUCGGCUGUGCUGCCGAGCUCGCGUCUUUUUACAUCAAAGGCCCGUGACUGUACGAGGAAGGCAUGUGACCUCUAAUCGGAUUGGAUGCGUAAGGCCUGGAUCCGAAGCAUCGUGAUGUCCAGUACUGUAUAACAGUAAUUGAUAAAUGAGGAACUAACUUCGAGAUUUGUUGUGAGCCACAACGGAACGUUGCUAGUGAUCGUGUUACUGGCGGAUCUGAUAAGCCUCGUUAAUUUUUGCGAGUAUAUAUGCGGACGCUUGAGGAUUUCAACGGCACAAUUCCCUGGUAUAGCGGUAUUUUAACGACGCCAGGUGCUUGGGCUGUCAUUGCUUAAGACAUACAUGUACAACUCAACCACUUGAUGACAAAAUACAACAUGAAGGAUUCCAAUAUAAUGGAACAACAGAACUUUAUACCAAAUUCAAAUUAUACGUAAUAAUAUAAAUAUAGGCAUUAAAAGUUUACACACUUCUUUUAAUCAUG